AUGUUAGAUAACCUAACAUCACUUGAAAGAACCUUAUCAUUUUUUUUCGAUAAUCUAACGGAUGUAGCUAAUAUUAAUAACAAACCUUGUUAUGGUGUCAAUUAUUGGUUAUAUGAAGAUGUGUAUAAACAAAUUGGAAAUGGUAAUAAUGGUCUAAUUUCCUUAACCAUUUUUUCAAAUCUUCAAAGUGAAUGGCUAAUAAUGAAUAAAGACAAAACGACCACACAACAGAAUGUGUGUAAGCCAGAUAUAAAUUUAUAUAAAAUAACAUAUAUGGAAGAAUUGAUGUUAUUUUUGGAUUACAUUGAUGAGUUUGAAAUCAUUAAGGAGGCUAGUAUUAUAGAUCCCAGUGGUUCUUGCCAAAAAUGUUUUGAAUAUCUUAGAACUCCUAUUCCAUUAUAUUUUCUGUGGAAACCAAUUUUUCAAAAGGAUGACGAAAUUAAUUCAUGA